UGCCAUUGCCAAUUCCCUCCCCUGCCCAGUGCGAUCUCCGGCCGGUGUCGGUGUCGGUGUGUGUGCCGCCUUGUUUCCGCCCCGUCCCCCCCGUCCCCGCGUUUGUAUCGUGGUCUCUCCCAAGUCCAAACCCUCCUCCGCCUCCCCCUCGGAACCGCCGCUCCCUGGUCGGCCGGCGGCAUGAGCCGCGCAUCACCGUGGACGCCGGCGAACCUCCAACCAGAUUGUCGCGAGGAUAAGAAGAGGAGAUUACCCCGAGGUCACACCGGAGAGGUAAACAGCAGCAGAUCAGCACAUGAAGAUCUUGACGACAUGUUUGCGUCGCUGUCCAUCGACAGCGUCCUCGCUCAAGAAAAUUCAGGAGAGCGUCCCAAGGACAGGAAGAGAAAAUCAUGCCAAGAAAAUGCUGGAAAUUUGACUAACGCUUUACCGGAUGAUGUUUUGGAAAACAUGUUUGCGUCGCUUUCGAUUGAUUCUAGAGUGACAAGUACUGCUUCCAUGAGAUCGGGGAAAGGAUCUUUUAUUAUUCUUGAUGACAAUAUUCUUGCUGGAGGUAAUUCAGAUUGCACCACCACUUCCACUGACUCUAGGAGGCCAAGGUCAGAGGUAUUCAUUGAAAGGGUAAAUGACCUGUUGCUGCGCCAUGUUGGAACUCGUGUUCGAGUGUUCGAGGUUCGUUUUGAUUUGAACUCCACUCAUGCUGCCCACCUUGACAAAUGGGUCCAGUUUGCGUCAGAGGCGGGUGCACAAGAUGUGAAACUUAGCUUGUGUAAAAACACGACAUCUUGUCCGGAGCAUUUUGUGACUGCAAAUCGUUAUAACUUCCCUUUGCAUUGCUUUGGCGAUGGGCGACAAAGAUCCUCGAUGCGGAAGCUAGACCUGACGAAUUGCAUAUUCACGCCACCGCCGGAUUCCGGUGCCUUUUCCUCCCUUGUAUGCCUUUAUCUAGUACGUGUCACAAUAACCGACUCCGGCAUCCAGAACAUUUGCUCUUGCUGCCCUAUUCUCCGCCAUUUGAGACUGGCACGAUGCGACAAUCUGGUUAAUGUAAGGAUUUCCCAUGAAGUGCUGAUAUGCUUGGAUAUAUUUCGUUGCAAAAAGCUGGUGAGUGUUGAGAUUCACGCCACCUGCCUACUCAUCUUCGAGUAUGAUGGACGUGAGGUACACAUCAAUUAUGCUAGUACCCCCAGUAUGAGGUUUUUGGUAAAUAAGUUCGGGCAUCAAAAUGGUUAUCUUUCGGACGGUGUAGAAGGCAUGAAAAGGAUCAGAAAAAUCACCUUGACAUUUCUUUGGCCAUCGGAGAAGCCCAGUUAUACACUCUACGCGAUCAAAUUCACAGCAAUACAGUUCAUCAACCUAUUUAUUUUGCCAUCUUGGAAUAAUGUUCGUGGAGUAGCUUAUCUCGUCAAGGCAACUCCUUAUCUUAAAAGACUCCGGCUAGAAGCACGCAGCGGAGACCACCAUUACCGGGACGACGUCCAGGUCAGCUGGCCUGAGGGCAUCUCUCUCAAGAGGCUCCGUUUCAUCACCGUGGGCGGUUUCGCCGCCCAGGCCCCGCUGGUCGAGCUCUUGGUGUGCAUGGUGCACGCGGGCGCCCGGUCGAGGAGGACGUAUCUCCAGAUCGACCCGCACCACCAUCUCUGCAAAGGGCUGGGCCGGUGGGUCAGGGAGGACGUCGGCGACAAGCCCGCGAGGGACCGCGUGAGGGAGGCCGCCAGGGAGACCCUCCGCUCCAGGCUCCCGCCGUCCGUGAAGCUUGUCAUCAAAUGAUUCGCGUGUGAUCUUCCUGUGAUUGGUAGAAGCGCGCCUCAGGGUGAUGAUUUUUCGUGCUCUUUUUCGUUCUGUUGGCCUGGCUAGUGUCGUGUGCCGGCAACAGUUGGAUUCAGUUGGCUUGGAAAGCUCAGGACUGACUGACGAAUUAUGGAGAAACAUGGGACGUGCACAUUCUUGUCUGUAUGGUUUAUGUAGACUGCAGAGACUGAAUUGAGCUGUGAAAUCCGAGGCAGGCGACGGUGCGAACCGCGCGUGUCUUUUUUUUCCAUCUCUAUAUAUAUAAUAUCAGGACGUGCA